AUGGCGAUGUUUCGAGGAUGUAUGCAGCUAACGAAGACGAUAUUCUUCAGAACUGAUACAGGCAUCAUUGCGCCUGUAGCAGGAUAUCACAAAAAUGUGAUCGAUCACUAUGAGAACCCCAGGAAUGUUGGUUCUUUGGACAAAGAGGAUAAGAAUGUGGGAACUGGGCUUGUUGGAGCCCCAGCCUGUGGCGAUGUUAUGAAGUUGCAGAUCAGAGUUGAUGAAAAUGGAAAGAUAGUUGAUGCAAAGUUCAAGACCUUUGGUUGUGGGUCUGCAAUUGCUUCUAGCUCACUGGCUACAGAAUGGGUAAAGGGAAAAACAAUGGAUGAAGCUUUGCAAAUCAAGAACACAGAAAUUGCCAAAGAACUUUCUCUUCCUCCUGUAAAAUUGCAUUGCUCCAUGCUAGCUGAGGAUGCAAUCAAAGCAGCCCUCCAGGAUUACAAGAUCAAACAGCAGAAAAACAAGCCCACACAGGAUGACGAUGACAGGAAAACUGCAGUUAAUUAA